AUGCAAGGAAGGUUGAUGAAAUGGGCAAUUAGAUUGGCUCCUUUCGCGUUGCAACAUCGACCAAUCAAAGCGAUGAAAGGGCAGGUUGUCGCUGAUUUAUUGGCUGAAUUUGCAGACGACGAUCCAGUUAAAAACAAAGUAGUGCAGUAUAUAGGCACUAGUACUUGGAAAAUGUUUUCUGAUGGUUCUCAUUCAAAAGGGAAGUCAGGAGCAGGAGUGAUAUUAAAAGGACCAGGAGCCAGGAAAAUUAGUUUGCAGCUUCAAAUGGAAGAGAUGACUCAUAACUCUACGGAAUACGAAGCACUGAUUUUGGGUCUGGAGGCACUUAUCGCUAAAGGAGCACAAAUGGUUCUAACUUGUGGAGAUUCUCAACUGGUCAUCAAUCAGGUGUUAAAACGGUACGCUUGUAAUUAUCCUCAUCUGCGUCAACACCGAGAUUUGGUAUAUCACAUGUUAUACAGAAUUACGGAGGUAGUUUUCGAGCAUGUACCGAGAACAGAAAAUCGGCUGGCGGAUAAUCUUGCUCAGAAUGCUUGCCAUUAG